AUUGAUAGGUGUCAUAGAUGUUUCAUAGUACUCCCAUUAUGGUGGCGCAGGGGACUAGUGGAAAAAUGAAGGUACAAUUAUUAGUAUCUUGUCACCAAAUUUCAUCGUUUGAUACCUAUCACUCCUCUAUAAGAAUGGAAGGGUGAACCAUAUGAUCAUGAGUCAUAACCAGGUCUAAGUUAUUAAUUACCAUGAAGGUUAAAAGUGAUCAGAGUUGUGAAUAUAAGAGAUAUGCAUUUGCUUGUCUCUUGUGUUCUUUAGUUGUGAACAUAGUCUUGUCAUAUUUUGUGAUUGUUGGUAAGAAAUGUAGUUUGAGUUGGAGCCAAAGUGCAGCAGCAGAAGCAGAAGCUGUGGCAUUGAUUUCGUGUUCCGGGCACGGGAGAGCUUACUUGGAUGGUGUGGUUGUUGAUGGUAAACAAGUUUGCGAGUGUAAUACUUGUUAUCAUGGUCCUCAUUGCUCCACUUAUAUCCCUCAUUGUCCUGCUGAUGUUAACAGUGGGGAUCCCACGUUUUUAGAGCCAUAUUGGAUGAAAAAUGCAGCUAGUAGUGCAGUGGUUGUAGCAGGAUGGCAUCGAAUGAGUUAUAUAUUCAGUGACCACUCCUAUACCUCACAAGAACUCGAGAAAAGCAUCCACAGGCUACAUUCUAUAGCUGGAAAUGCAGUCACGGAAGGAAAGUAUGUUGUUUUCGGGACUGGUUCUACCCAACUCCUCAAUGCAGCAGUCCAUGCCCUCUCCCUGGAUAACUCAUCCACGCCUUCAAAAGUCGUCGUUUCAAUCCCAUUCUACCCGGCCUACAAAGUACAGACUGAAUUCUUUGCAACAGAGGAAUAUGAAUUUGAUGGAGAUGUGUCGUCGUACACGAACAAUUCUGGUGACUCUGUGAAUGCGAUAGAGUUUGUAACUUCACCUAACAAUCCUGAUGGAAAGUUAAAGAAAGCGGUUCUUAAAGGUCCAUCUGCCAAGGCAAUCCAUGAUCAUGCCUAUAAUUGGCCACAUUAUACUGCUAUUUCAUCUCCCUCCGACGAAGAUCUCAUGAUCUUUACACUUUCCAAGCUUACUGGUCAUGCGGGGGUUCGAUUUGGGUGGGCUUUUGUUAAAGAUAAGGUUGUGUACGAGCGAAUGUCAACAUAUACAGAUGACAAUACUUUCGGGGUGUCCAGGGACAUUCAGUUGAGGGCAUUGAAGCUAUUAAACGUGGUUCUUGACGGAGAUGGAAGAUCUCUGUUUAAAUAUGCUUAUGAAAUAAUGAAAAAUCGGUGGGAGAGCUUGAGCCGGACUGUAGCAUUGUCCACACGCUUCACUAUCCAGGAUAUUGCACCCAGCUUCUGUACAUUCUUUCAGAAUGUCAGAGGACCUUCUCCAGCUUAUGCAUGGCUGAAAUGUGAGAGGGAAGAAGAUGAACAAUGUUACCAAGUCCUCCAAGCUGGUGGCAUACUUGGUCGUGAUGGGACUCUAUUUGGUGCUAGUAGUCGAUAUGUGCGCCUCAGCCUCAUCAAGUAUCAAGAUGAUUUUGAUCAACUGCUACAGCAUUUAAACAAAUUAGUUCUCCAGGAAGAGGGUGCUACCAGAGAUAAUAUUUAAUAAUUCAUCCUCUUACAGAAAGAUUUGCAAGCAGACUUUGAUUAUCCAUUCUCAUUUACUAGUUAUUGUUCUUAAAUACUACUGGUCUACGCACUCCGUCCCGGUCAAUAGUAUACAUCAGGGAUGGAGACGCGUCACGGAUUUUAGUUCUUCAAUAAAGUAUAGUUCUGCAACUAACUGGCCCUUUGCCAUCUA